UAAUGAAGACAUUGCUGUUCAUUAUUUGUGGUACUUUGAUUUGUAAUUAAUUUUGUUUAGUUGUGUAUACACUUGCAUCUCAUGCAUAUAUAUAUCCAUUCAAUGAAAAUAACGUAAAGGAUUUAGAAGGACUUAAUUAAAAGUAAAUAGCACAAUUGAUCAAAUACAAUAUUGGUCUUGUUGAACAUGUCCAAUAAGAUUAAUAAAAAGCAUUUGAACAGUUGAUUAUGUAAACAAUGAGAAAUAUAUUAUAGAUCAUUUGGUAAGGGUAAUGUUUUGACACCUACAGAAAUGAAUUAUUUGAUACUUAUAGAGAGUGAUAAAUUGUACUAAGGAUAAGAUGCCAAGUAAUAAAGAAUAACUGAAGGAUAUGCUUAAAGUUUCAAGGUGUUGGAGAAAGAAUAAAGAUCAUUGAUGGAAACAUUGUUUGGACAAUAAGGUAUUUUAUAAUAUAUAUAAAUACAAUAGCUGAUUCAUUAAUAUAAAAAGCUAAUGCUUUAUUUAAUAACAACAAUUUAGGUUUCAAAAUAUAUUAAAAUGAAGAUGAUUUGGAUAUCAAUUAUUUAUAAUGGACAAUAACACUUUAUCUAGGCAAAAAUGUAAAUGAUAAUAAAAUUAUAGAAUGAAGUUUAUUUUUAUGAACCUAAAAAAGACAAAUCUUAUAAGAUUGAAUCCUCAUUAGAAAAAUGUGUUGAUAACUUUUUUGGAACAACUUUUGAUUAUGCUCCACAAGAUAAUAAAAUAUAUAAAUACAAUACAAAUGAUAUGUUAGAAAUAAGAAAAGAAAAUGAAGAUUAAAUUCUAGGAUUUUUGAAAGAUAUUUGUGCCAUGAACAAACUUUCAACUAUAUUUAAGAAAAGUAUAAAACAUUUAAAUUUAAAUCUUAGACAAUUCUCCAAAUAUGUUAUCUAUUAUCAAUAAAUCUAUUUCCAAAUUAGAAAAGACUUUAAAUGAAUAAGAAAUUGAUUUAGUAUAUGAUAUGAUGAGAAUUGCUCAUAAAAAAGUAAUAAAUAAGAAUUAUCAUUAUAUAGCUAUCUAAAAACUUCAGAAAUACUUUUGAAAGUGAAGAUUUAUUUGGUUUAAUAUUAAUUGAAGAAGAGAAAAAUCCUUAAUUAACUACAACUAAAGAAUCUGCUAAAGUUUAGAGAAUAUUGAUGGAAACAAGAACCAGAAUGUUAAAUUAAGUCACUGUAAAUUCAAAUGUAUUAUUUUAUCUAGCAAACUAACUCUACAAGUUAUGUAAUGGAUGCAACCACUUAUUAAAUUUAUGUAUGGUUUGGAGUUUUCUUUGUUAUUGUUUUGAUUGGUAUCAUUUAUGCUAUGGUCACCAUGGAUAUUUAAAAGGAUACAUUAUUAUAUGCUAAGUUCUUAACAACAGAUCAAAGAAAUUGAGU